AUGCUCGCUGCAAUCCUCGACGCCGAUCUCAGAGACAGACUCGCCCUGCCUGUCUUUGCAGAUGGCCUGCUUGUCCGCCAUUCCGUCUUUUGUCAGCUUCAUGUCUACCAGGGACUUGUCCAUCCACUUCUGCUGCCGACUCCCUUUGCCCCGCUCAACCCACAGACACUCACCCCAGGAGCUCCCAUAACUCUUUUGCCCCAUGCAACCCCGGCCUACUUUCUUGCUGUCUACCAGGGGCCCACUGCUGCUCUUGCUGCCCAGUUUGCAGACGAGGGCGUCGUUCUUGCAGAGCACCGCUUCGUCAUCGUCUGGAUCGCCGUCCAAAACACCCACGGCGACCACAAGGGUCUUCUUGCGACCUAUCCACAGGAGCUCUGUCUUGUCUCGUCCAUAUAUCGUCCUAGUCUUUCCCAUCUUCCAGAGCUGCCCCCACAGCUCCAUCAGCUCUCUCCUGUUCUCUCGCCUCCCAUAGCCCGCCAUCCGUUGCCUUCUGUCUACGCCUUUCGCGCCCUCACUGUCCACAGAAGCAAGCCUCUCCGCUCAGUCGCUGCAGAGGUCGGCGGGUAUGUAGACGCCGUCGCACGUGAGCGAGAAAGAGAGCGUGAGCGUCUCAAGCGCGAGAGAGAUUCUCCCAAGACUCCCAAGCAGCCCCCUGCCCCCGCACCCGUCCAGAGCUUUUACCCAUCCCCACCCCAGCCCUUGCCAGUCAAGGCCUCGCCAGUCCCUUCCCCAUCUCCCCCGCCCCCCGCACCGCUAGAUCCAGAUCCCCCAGCAGAUCCCUGGCCCACUUUCGACGACUAUCUCUUUGACGACCUCGGCUACACCUUUGCACAUCCAACAUCCACCGCACCAUCCACCAACAUCCCCAAUCCCAUCCCCAGCAACCCUUUUGAAGACGCUUUCACAGACGACGAUUUCAGCUUUUUCGACCGUCCAGCUACUCCAGCUACUUCUCCCCCUAAUCAACCUGCAUGGACUCCUGCUCCCAUAGACACUCCCAUCUCCAUCGACAACAGCCCCCCAGAGCUCGUCCGCGACACAACCGUCCUCUCCUCUGCCGCACCCUCACCCGACUUUCACACCCCCCUCACCCCAAACGUCUACCUCGAGCACUCUCAUUCCCCCGGUUUCGACCCAAUCCCCUUUUCAGACUACCACCGCCGCGCAGACGACAAGCAUGCCAACGGAAAAUUCGCUCCUCGUCCACCCGACCAAGAAGGCUGGCGCAGGCGCUACGACGAAAUAACCGACCCACGCAUCCGUCUCGUCCGCAAGCUCCAGGCACGCCAGCUCAAGUCCGAAGACCACCAGCAGCCCCUCUGGCAGUCUGACGACAUGGACGUCGACUCGCCCUCCUCCUCCUCCUCCAGCGACGAAUCAGACAUCUUCCAGGACAGUCGCUACCGCGGCAUCGAGGUCGACGACAUCCCAGAGCGUUCCACCACGCCCCCGCCCGCCUAUCUCCCCCCAGGCGCAGCCCUCUUGCGCACAAAGUUUGAGCACCGCGCCUUGCUCGCCCUCAGCGUGCCCCUCCGCGGCACCAGCAGUCCUGCGCCCCCCGCAUCCACCUCCAACACAGGCCUCCAGCCGCCGCAAUCCCUCGCGUCCGUCCCCACCCCCGUCUCCCCCGCCGCACACGCCGGCCAGGAAGCAGAGCGCCUGCGCGCGCUCGCCGCAGCCGCACAGCAGGUUGCCCGCGAAGCAGUCGAGAAUCCGGUUUGGGCCCGUGUGUGGCGGGCGGCUUCGGGUGGACAUGGUGUUUGUCAUGCUGCUACGGCGCUUGCUAGUACGCGCUUGGGUGGCAUUGGAGAGGCGAGGGUCAGCCCUCGCGAUGUCAAGCUUGUCAUGAAGGCUUUGGAAAAUGUCCGCGAGCAGCUCAUCCAAGAGGGACAUGAUCCCGCCCAACUCAAGGUCGGACUCGGCAUGGAAGAACUAUUUGGGUUGGAUUCCACUCCUAUAUACCCUCUCGAAGAACCGAUGCUCUCCAUCGCAAAAGGCGACGUCGUCCUCGAUCUCAAACCUCCUUCCCUGCUCUUUUGGGAAAAACUCGGUCUGUGCCCGAAAGGCGGCCCUAAAAACUUUGAUGCGUUGGUCAUGUUUGAGGACGAUGAUACCCGCAGGGUAUGGGUCGACACCUGGGUUGAAGGUCUCAAGGAUGUUUACAAGGCCAAGCGGUAUGGGGCCAUGAACAUGGCCAAGGCUCCGAUGAGCAUCGACGGAUCACCAGGGCUCAUCGCUGUAAGAUACGACGCGACACUGAGAAAACACUUUGCCAAUCUCGUGGCAAGCAUGUCCGUGUUCCAAUCACCCAACCCACUCGUCGUGUUUCUCGUGCUCCCCUUUGCCAUCAUGUCCCUCGCCUCCCCCGUCCUCCGCCAGAUCCUCGCACUCUGCAGAAAGCUCCUCGCGAGCAACGCCCGACAGAUCAUUCUCCAGCUCGUCCCAGAGGUCCAUGUCGUGCACGGCAUGGAACCCAGCGCGCCGUAUGCGUACGGCACGCAGAUGGAGUGGAUGGCUGCGUCGGUAUAUAACAAGAUUUUGGUCCCUGUUGAUCGUGAACGUACCGCUCGCGCGGGAUUGAUCCACCCGGGUAUGCCACAUGCCCAUCGCCCGCCAGAGGUCCGGAGGCUGUUUAUGAACCCGUCGUUUACACUCGCCAGGCCGCCCCGCGCGAGUAUCACGUAUGUGCGCGCGGCGCAUGCACCGCUGGAUGUUGUGGAUAGGUACACGCUCCUCCAUGUCGGCUAUGCGCUCAGUGCAUGUGGCCGCUGGGUCGUCGCGUGCUGUACCGACCAGAGAGGCGAGGCGUGGGACUCGCGCGUCUGGCUCGUCGCGGGCGACGCUGACACCGCGGAAGAGCCAAAGGGCGACGGGUGGACGUGGGCAGAUGUCAUCCGCCGCGUGUGGGAUUUCGCCAUGGCCUUUGCGAAGCGCGCGAAUGUGGAGUGGCGCGUGGUGUUUGCGAGGCUGGGUGCGAUGGAGCAGUCCGAGGUGGACGCCUGGGCGGUGUUUUUGCGGGAGAGUGUGGUGGGCUCGAGGGAGCUGCCGCCGUUGCACCAUUAUGUGGUGUGUGUGGUCCCGGAUGCGCCGUGGAUGUUUACGCCGUGGGAUGAGCGCAAUCUGCCGCUUGUUGUGCCGACGACGACGACGCGCGUGCAGGCUACGUCUGCGUCUGUGCCUGGUGUGGGUGGUGUGGCGCGGCCUGUGAAUGCGUCGAAGGUGCAGGAGGAGCCGCAGCACCAGCAAACGGUGUUUACGGAUGUGUCCUCGGCGACGUAUGCUGUUUUCCCAAAGAGGACGUUGCCGAUUUUUGUCCCGCCUUCGUUGGAUGAUCUAGGAUUGACGAGGAGUUUUGUGCCGGAGGACCCGGCGGGCGAUGUGGACCCUGCGCCGCCGUCGUCGUCGUCGUCGGCUAGAGCGCCGGUUAUACCCCAAGCCACGUCGAUUCUUAUUCGCGUGCCACGUGCGACAUCCAUCCCGACUUUAUCUUCCUCGUCGGCGUCUCCUAUGGCAUCAUUGUCAUUCUCAUCAGCGACGAUGAUCCACACGCAUCUCCUACACUCCGCGCACUCAGCGUCGUACACGCAACACGCACAAACGACAAUGUCCGACGCAGGCCGUGUGCCAAGCGACGACAAGCUGCUGGAGGAAGUGACAAAGGGGUACUUUGAUCUUGCUGUGCUUGCGCGUGUGAGGUGCGGGGUUGAGGUUGCGGGGGGAAGCACGCGCGAUCGCGAGGGGUUGCCGUUCCAUUUGGCGGCUGUGGAUUUGAUGCGGAUGGUUUUGGAGGGGUGUUGGGAGGCUUCUUUGUCUUCUUUUGCGGGGGAGGUUUGA